UAAUCCAAAAUGGUUCAAGCACUUUCCCUUCUCCCAAACACAUUUGGGGGGAGAAAACGCCAAGUGAGAUACAAUAUUAGGGUAACAAAACCAAUUACCCAAUAAAACCAAUAAUUCAACUUCCAAAUUACAAUUCAAACUUUUGGAUUCCGAAUCUCACAACUGUCACCACUCUUUUUCCAUUACGAUUAUAUACUCCUAGAUCUGAUCGAGAUUUCUGCUUUUUUCCAGCUCAAAAAGGUUCAAAACCCUUUUCAUAAUCUUGGGUAACGAAUUAUACCUGAUUCUCUUCUGGGUUUCUUCUACAUACUUGUGAAGUUCGAUUCUUUUAGUUUUUGUUUUUGUGAAAGUAACAAAAUUUGAAGUUUUUAGGGUUUGAAGGAACUUGUUAAAGUUGAGAUCUUUAGGUGUAUAAUGCAGCUUUGACUUGCUGCUUUUGUUUUUCUGGGUUGGGUUGUUUUUUUGCUUAAAAUUGAGCUGUUUUUUCCACUGGUUUGAGUUUGUAUAAUGGUUUUCUGGGAAGGGUAUGUGAGUGAUGAAGUGAUGGGAACGUUUGCUCCUAUUGUCGUUUAUUGGAUAUAUGCUGGAUUUUAUCAUUUGCUUCCGCCUUUAGAUAAGUAUCGGUUGCAUACUAUGAGAGAUGAGGGAGAGAAGAAUUUGGUGCCUUUUAAAGAUGUUGUGAAAGGUGUUUUGCUUCAGCAGCUUGUUCAGGCAAUUGUUGCACUCAUCUUGUUGACUACAACAUCAAAUGCAUCUGGGAUUACAGUGCAGCCUUCUAUCACCAAGCAAAUUAUUCAGAUUGUUAUUGCAAUGUUUGUGAUGGAUACAUGGCAGUACUUUGUGCACCGGUACAUGCAUCAGAACAAGUUUCUGUACCGCCAUAUUCACUCCCAGCAUCACAGACUCGUUGUUCCAUACGCAAUAGGAGCCCUUUACAAUCACCCUAUCGAGGGUCUUCUACUCGACACCGUUGGUGGAGCCAUCUCAUUUCUUGUCUCAGGAAUGACUGCGAGAACGGCCGUUGUAUUCUUCUGCUUUGCAGUAGUGAAAACCGUGGACGACCACUGUGGACUAUGGUUGCCCGGGAACAUCUUCCAUUUAUUUUUCCAGAAUAACACGGCGUAUCAUGACAUUCAUCAUCAACUACAAGGACUGAAAUACAAUUAUUCGCAACCGUUCUUUCCAAUAUGGGAUAAACUUCUUGGAACAUACAUGCCUUUCAGUCUUGUUAAGCGAGCCGAAGGGGGUUUUGAAGCAAGGCCUGCAAAGGACUAGUUACACUGUAAUUGUUACAAUGCAAUUUGCGAUUUUUCCAUGGAACCGGAGGCUUAGCUGCAGACAUUUCUGGAGUUGAUUAGAGCUUACUGGUUUUAUUGGGUGGUUUGACAAUGUUUAGAUCAUCAUCUUGUUACAGUAGGUUUGUCAAACCACCUUGUGUAGCAUAACAAUGUUGUGGUGGUUUUCAUUUUUAUGAUGUACUUAAAAAAACAUUUUUUAAGGUGUAAGUUCCUAAAGAGUAUAAGGUGUUUUAGCUACCA